AUGCGCGUCGAGACCUACAAGAACCAAGCGAGCAACCAAGACGACCAGCCAAGAGAAGUCGAGCCACCAGCGCGAUCCACGGACGCACUAGCAACCGUGAAGGACGAGAUGAGCCGACAGCUGCAACGCCAGAUUGACACGGCACGGGCGGCGAUUGCGGCCAUGACAGCAAAGGAUCCCGCGACACAGUACUUGUCGCACCAAGAAGAGACUUUGUCGAUGCUACUGGGCCAGCUGGAGCAAUCGCAGGCAGCACAAGAAGCAGGUGCGGAUGCGGCGCUCUCGGGCGCACGGCGCAAGCUUCAGCAGCUCUACACACCGCCCGUCGAUCUUGGCGACGACCGUGUCGACGCGUGGACUUUUGAGUUGCGACGAACUCUGGCGACGACCCAGCGCGGUGUCAGACGACCCACCUCCAACGCCGACUCGCUGAACGCCGCCAAAGAGUCCCUUCGACGCUUCCAGGCGACACUAAACCGCGCAUGAGACGAAGCCCUGUAUCUACGCUACUUGCAUGCAAAUGCUGCGAUUCCAACCAGUC